AUGAAAGCGGGCGUCCACUGCCGUUGUCCAAAAUGUUUCUCGAUUCCGGCACGGAAGCGGGUCCGUAAGCGAACUCCAGCCCUAACCCUGCUGUCUCUACCUGAAGAGGUCCUCCUCUGUGUGCUCCAGUGCCUCUCUGCUGAAGACCUGCUGUCUGUCAGAGCAGUUCACUCCCAUCUGCGGGACAUUGUUGACCAGCACUCCAGUGUAUGGGCCAGGGUCAGUUUCAGGGACACUUGGCCAUCCCCUAGCUCCUUGUGGCUUUUUGAAAGAGCUGCCGAGAAAGGGAAUUUUGAAGCUGCUGUGAAGCUAGGCAUCGCGUUUUUGUACAAUGAAGGACCAUUGCUGAGUGAUGAGGGGCGAGCGGAUGUAUGUGGUCGCAAGGCCUCCCACUUCUUCAGCCUGGCAGAGAGUCUGCACUCUCCCACCACAGAUCCCUUCAUCUGGGUGUUCAUCCGUCCACCAUGGUCGCCCACCGGCAGCUGCUGUAAAGCUGUGGUGUUCGACCGUCUCAAGGCUGAGUGUGACAAUAACGCGGAGAAGAGAGGACCCUUGCUGCACUGUUUGGCCAGAGUUUUGCAGCUCUUUCAAGAUGAGGAAAGACGCAAGGAGGCCAUAUCUAUGUUGGAGGAGUCUUCAAAGUCUGGCUGUCUGCAGAGCUCCUACAUGUUGUGGGAACACAACCGGAAAGCAGCUAUGGCAGAUCCAGGCAGGUACCUCCAGUAUAUCCGAACCCUGAGGGACUAUGCCGGCAAAGGAUGCUGGGAGGCACAGCUGUCUCUGGCUAAAGUGUGCAGCAGUGGGAAUCCUCUGGGUCUGGAGUCCAAGGCCUGCUCGGACCUGGUGGCUCAGCUCUUCACUUCCCCGAACCCGGCGUCACGACGCUGCACUCAGGGCGUCCUGAGGCGAGACAUCAAGGACACCAUGAGGUACAUCCUGGUGGACUGGCUCGUGGAGGUGACCACCAUGAAGGAUUUCUCCAGCCUGACGCUGCAUGUGACGGUGGGCUGCGUUGAUCGUUACCUCGCCCUGCGCUCUGUGCCCAAGGCUCGCCUCCAGUUAUUGGGAAUUGCCUGCAUGGUAGUUUGUACACGCUACGUCAGUAAAGAAAUCCUGACCAUACGGGAGGCGGUCUGGCUCACAGACAACACGUACAAAUACGAGGACCUGGUCCGAAUGAUGGGCGAGGUCGUCUCUGUGCUGGAGGGAAAGAUAAGGAGUCCCACUCUGCUGGAUUACGGUGAGGUUCUGCUGUCUCUGCUCCCUCUGGAGAGACGGACCAUGCACAUGUUCAGCUACGUCUGCGAGCUGUCGCUGCUCUACUCUGCUCUCGCCACACCACCGCCUUCCAAGCUGGCGUGUGCUGCACUACUGCUUACACGAGCACUACAUCACUAUGCUCCCCUGUGGCCGAGCCAGUUGGUUGACUACACAGGAUUCUCCAAGCAAGACCUCGCCUCCCUCUCUGUGCUGCUCUAUGUCAAAUGUUUUAGCCCGGACGUUCCCAAAGAUUACAGGCAUGUAUCUCUGACUGGUGUAAAGCAACGCUUUGAAGAUGACGCCUACCAGCAUAUCAGCAAAGAAAAGGUGAUGGAUUUCAAAGAGCUGUGUCAGAUCUUGGAGAUUCCUGAGGUGGAGCCCCAGAUGGAGCCUCCCAGUCCCACCGGUCCCCCAGCAGACAUGCACACCUUCCUCGCCUCUCCAUCCAGCACCAACAAGAGGAGACGCGAUGACGCAAUGCAGGCCCGCAGAGCCAGCUUUGUUGCCACGCCCACGGCAGAGCUGUCCAAUCAGGAGGAGACGCUGCUGGUGGACAUCCUGGACUGGAGCCUGGACACUUCCAGUUCUGGUUAUGAGGGGGACCGGGAGGAGGAGAGCGAAGGAGAGAAAGAUGCUGAUUCUUCGAUGAUAUCUAUCAAACUGCACUUGCUGACUGAUGAAGACAAAAGACUAGAGCACUGCAGAGCCUUGUCCAGCGACGAAGAAAGCUUCUCUGAAGCGGAGAGGGAGGUGAGCAAGGAUUCCCAGGACAAGGAACCCCUCCCCUCCCCUGCAGACGUUCACAGCUCAGGAUACUCCUCUGUCCAGAGUGUUAGCCCCUCAUCCACGUGCUCCUCUUCCUCCCUCAUGCCUUGCACAUUCAAAACCUUCCCCACUGCUCUGGGCGCAGCGUCCGCUAAGCCCCAGCCGGGCUUCCGCCUGUUGGUGCCCGUGCAGAGGCCCCGGGGCUCCUCCAGCAAACAAGUGAAGAGGAAGAACUCAGCAGCUCAUAGUGGAGGGGAGGUGGAAAGGGAAGAAGAGGUAGGAGAUGAGUAUUCUGCCAAAGCGGGGUUUCUGAGCCUAUAGAAUGUGAUUGUUUAUAAUCCACCAGCACUUUUGUUUAGUUCUCAAUGCUGUUCCUCACUCCUGUCAGUCUGCACUGAGCCGUCAAUUUCCAGAAGAUCAGGAGACUUUCAAGAAAGGGAAGACAAAUGUAAUAUCUAGAAACCUUAUUUUCUAUAAAAUUACAUUUACAAGUUUACACACAUCACAAUAGAAUACCUCCCAUAAACUUCAGGACUCGCCGUCAGAUCCGAAGCCACUGGAACAUUUCUUCACCAACAUUUCUGUUGUAUCGCCUUCUACUCCAGCUCAUCUCAGAUCGAGUUGGGUAGUUUAGAAGAAAUGAAACUUCUAGGACUGGUGUUUAGGAGGCGAAAAAGUGUUCUCUUUUUGAAAAUCAUAUUCUGGGAAAAACCUUAAACACAGCUGUCAUGAUGUUUUGAUUAUCAUAGUUUCUGAUAUGUCGGUACAAGACUCUUGUAUUUGGUGAAAUGUCUGCAUCUGAAGCCUAAAGAAUAUGAUUUUAUGAAUUCCAAUUUUUGCAUUUUAUUCUUAGUUCUGUGUGUUUGCCAAAGGUACUGUAGUGGUGUCAUUUGUAUGUUCAGGGGCGUCUACUUGUAUAGAAACAGAACUGUGAAGUGAGUUUUAGUAGUCUGCAUCUUCUAAAGUAUACACCAGUUGUGCUGUUCAUAUUUUUAAACAAUAUUAACUUGACACGCCUCAAUCCCAUCAGGAACAGCAGAUGUUCAAAUGUUUCCUAGCUGGAUGAGUAUACAAAUCUCAGACCAUCAUCCAGAUGUUAAGUGCUGCAGUCAAAUCUAAUGAUGUACUCAAUGCAAUGAGAAUUUCUGUCAUGCUGAUGAAAGAUUUGUCUCCCAUCUAAAUCAGAUCGAGCACUUAUCAUCACAGAAGGAGCGUUUUUCAAUGAAAUUUAACCAUUUCCACGCUUGAACAAUCAAUACUGAAGUAUUUCUGAAUGGAUUUGCUUUGCCUUCUUCGGGGUAACAUCAGACACUAAAGGACAUGUAUUACCUGAUGGGAUUUUGAAAGUACUGUAUGCCUCAUUCAGGACACUGAGAACACAAUGUCUGACUGUCAAUACAUUUUAAACUGUUACGCCAGACUGGUUAUAACCUGUGUUUUUAUAUAUGUACAUAGUACUAUAUGUAUAAAUGGAGAAAGACAAAGAACAUGCCACUACUUGAAAUUGUUUUCGCCUUAUUCCAAAAAAAGGGCAGCUUUCUUUGUGAAACUAAUGUUUUUCUACAGUACAGUGUUUUCUCAAUAGACCUGUGAUGUGAAUAUGUAUUUUUUUUAUUGAGUUAAAAUAAAAGAAGCCAUCAUGCAAGAUUUA